CCCGUAGCUGUUUACUUUUUUACUCUCUUCCGCUCAUGUGUGGCUGCUGCGUGGACCGCCAAAUCUUUUUUAAACUGGUCAUUUAUUGAAACGUUUUAGCGGGAUUACGAUUUUCAGGAAAAUUUGCUGCUCCUCUCCACUACCAUGUUGCGUUGUGCAUUUCAACGCCUUCUCUGUCCCCCUCCAAUAUACCGCCGUAUCCACUGGCUAUAUCUCUCUACCAGCACCCCUAACAGAGGCUCUCUUCUGGGGGACAAAAACAUUCUGCUCAUGGGCCCUCCCGGAGCUGGCAAAACCACUGUGGGCCGAAUACUCGCUCAUAAACUUGGACUACCCGCAGUUGACAUUGACGACGAUGUAUUGGAGCCGACCUGGAACAUGCCUGUAGCCGCAAAACUAGCUUCAGUGGGUGGGCAAAGAUUUCUUGAAGAGGAGGGUAAAGCCUUGUGCAAUUUCUCUGCUUCCGGAUGUGUAAUUUCUCUCAGUGGUUCCAACCCGCUGGACACUCUGGCAAUGCAACACAUCAAACGAAGCGGUAUUGUCGUUUACUUAGACGUUGAUGCAGAGGACAUUAUUCAAAGACUUGCAAGAAUGAAAGUUAACAGAGUAGUUGGCCAGGAAGCAGGGAUACCAAUGAAGAAUAUAUUACGCUAUCGUAAACAGUUUUAUGAAAAAUGGUUUGACAUUCGAGUGCUGUGCGGAAGAGGUGAGACCGUUUUGGAAGUCGCAGACAAGGUUUUAAAUGUUUUGGAGCGGUAUAACAAUCCUGAUAAGUAUAUUUCAACACGAAGCAACGAUGCAUCUAAAAGUGUAUAUUUCAGUGAUGUUGCCGUCGUCGGAAUGGCCAAAGAUGGUGGUCUCUACGUACCCCAAAAUGGUUUCCCAAAACUGGAAGCUAAUGAGUGGGUACGGCUAGUUGACAAGCCAUACCAUGAACGUGCUUUUGUUUUGCUGGAAAAGUGUAUACACCCACAUGACAUUUCUGGCCCAGAUUUGAAAGCGAUGGUGAUGAAAGCCUACGGGUCAAAUUUUGCCAGUGAAGACGUUGCACCCGUUAGACACUUAAUGGGCAAUCAGUACAUCCAGGAGUUAUUCCAUGGUCCCACGGCAUCGUUUAAAGAUCUAGCGUUACAACUGAUGCCCCAACUGUUUGCUCAAUGCCUUCCUCCCAUGUGUAACUUUCUAGUAUUGGUUGCUACAUCCGGGGACACAGGAAGUGCAGUGCUGAGUGGUUUUAGUGGAUUGAAAGAUGUGCAUAAACAUAAAACAGGAGUGCUGGUGUUUUUCCCUGGCGAUGGAGUGAGUGAGAUCCAGAGGAGGCAGAUGACGGGACUGUGGGAGGGAAACGUUCGAGCGGUCAGUGUGGGGGCAGACUUUGACUUCUGCCAGAGGAGCAUAAAGCAGAUGUUCGGGACACCAGAGCUCACAGGACACUUAGCUGUGGAAUACGGGACGCUCCUCAACACCGCCAACUCCAUCAACUGGGCACGGCUACUGCCACAGGUUGUGUACCACACCUCCUCCUAUCUGGACCUAUGCCGCGGGGGCGUCAUCAGCUUCGGCGAUCCUGUGGAUGUGUGCAUUCCGACUGGCAACUUCGGCAAUGCCAUGUCAGCCAUCUAUGCCAAGAGCAUGGGCCUACCAAUCCGAAAAGUCAUCUGUGCAUCCAACCACAACUGCGUUAUCACGGACUUCAUCACUACCGGAUCCUACAACCUCCACAAUCGCCCUCUCUUACCCUCCAUCUCCCCCGCUAUAGAUAUCUUGAAAUCCUCCAACCUUGAGCGAUUUAUCUACCACACUUCCCAUGGAGACAGUCAUCUUGUCAAGGAGUUGUUCACAUCAUUAGAUCGACAGCAGCACUUUAGCGUGUCGGAAAAACUUCUUGAAAAUAUUCAAGAAGAUGUAUCAGCUGGUAGCUGCUCGGAAAACGAAUGCUUGGAAGCUAUCCGCGCAGUUUAUGAAAAUACAGGAUACAUAAUGGACACUCACACUGCUGUGGCUAAAGUGGUAGGCGACAGGUUGCAAGAUGAUUCUUGCCCCUUGAUUAUUAGUGCCACUGCGCACUACGGGAAGUUUGCACCUGCAGUGUUCAAGGCUCUGGGAAUUUCGGGCAUUCCAGAAGAUCCAGCGGAGCAGUUGAAGCAGCUGAAUGGAUUAGCAGGAGAACCAGGGAUGCACACAGAGCUGUUGAAGUGCCUAGAUGAAGGUAGUGAACAAGGGCAGAGGGGCUGUGAGGCGGACUAUGAAAAGAUGGUGGAGGAGGUGGAGGAUAUGAUACAGGAGUCGUUCUUAAAAGUUGUUUGAAUUCAGGUACAGGCCUUUUAAUGUGUCAAGAACAUGUUCUAGUUUGAACUUUUGGCCUUUUGGUCUACUUAGUCCUUUUUGCCACUGUGAUAUUGCACCAUGACACAGAAACUGUCUGGGAUAGUGUCAUGUUUCCUUAUAAGCUCCAAUUUCUGCCUAAUAUUGGCUCUAUUGUCACUAUUGAAAAUGCAAAUGUCUGGGAUAGUGUCAGGGAGUUUCAUUCAGUAUUAGUUUUUACCUGAGAAAAUGCUAUGUAAAAUGAAUCUAUUAUAUUUUACAGUCUCAAUUUAUAUCUUACUUAGUAGCUUUUACCAAAAAAUGAGUGGUGUAAAGAUCAAUUAUGUUGACAUUGAACUAAAAUCAGGUACUGGCCUUUUAAAGUUCAUCUAUACUUUUAAUAAUUCUAUGUGCAUUGUUACUCAUUUAUACUUGUACUUGUAUGUAUUUUGCCAUAUAAUGCAAUUACAGAUGGCACAUUUUCACUUGUUUUACAGCAUUAACGAAAAAAAAAGAAGGGAAAUUGUUAUUUAAAUCAAGCUAAAUGGCAAGCUAGAUGUUGUUUACAAAUAAAAAAUAAUAAUUAUUAUUUUGUAGUGUAUGGAACAGUGAAAAUUCAAACAUUAGGAAUUCAAAGACAUCACAGAGACUAACCAGAUACAUGGUGGUUAAUAUCCAUGACAUGGUUGGUUUAAGUCCAAAAAGGAAAAUUUAAAACACAAGAAUUGGCUAAAUGUUUUAACUUACUGGUAAGUAAUAACUUACAGAUUUUAAAUACAAUUAUAGGUCUUGUGGGCAUUAGUUACCACAUAGCUGAUUACCUUUGAACAAGCUUUCAAACUUUUUUCCUUCAAAUUUUUUAUCUUUUUAUUUUUGUUUUUCGGAAUGUCUAUGGGAAAAAAUGAAUGAGAGAUUUACUUCUGGAACCGGGGGCAGAUGGCCACAGUUGAGCUCCAUUAGGUUAAAUUUAAACUGAGUAUUACUGCCCUGAAAGUUAUCCAGUUCCAUUUCAAUAUAAUUAGUUUUUACAUUGUCCAAUGUGAUAACAAUAGUCUCUCAGCUUAUGCUUUGACAUCUAUAACCAUGGAUUAAUUGUAAAAUACAUUUUGACCUAUAAAUUUCUAAAAUAUGGUUAUCACACACAGAAGGCUAUUUUGAUGUGCCUUCAGUGCCCUUACAUGUUAUCUAAGACUUUUUCCAUACAAUAGUAGUAUAUGCAAAGAUUAUGCUGCUUACAGAAUGUGUCCUGGUCCACUAGAGGGGGACAUGCACUUGGCCAUUACUGUACUGUACAAAGCUGCUGCAGUAGGAUUUGUCAUCCAUGUGUUAUUUAAAAUGUUUACAGCACAUCUGUAUUAAUCUAUGCAUAUAACAGCAACUAAUUUCACUGCUCAUAAUUAAACACAGUGCAUUUAAGAUAGACCGCACUGAAACAGAAAUAUAUACAAUUCUUUUAGCAAAUAAAUUCAACCAAAGGAACCAGUUUAGAAUGUUUUUCCCAGUAAUGGAUUUUGACUUUUACAGAGAGUAUUGAAUGUGUCCCUGAAUGAGUGAUUAGAAUGAUGAUAGAACCUUGUUGAUAGAUUUUUUUGGUCCCUAAUAUCAAUACAGCCAACAAUUGACUAGAAUUUUAGUCCAGUUUGGUUUAGGCUAUUUUUAAACGGGGUGACAAAGCAUGUUUUCAUUGUUCAGUCCUGUCACUGCUUGUACUGCUUAUGUCCUGUAGUUACUGUAUACAUUGUGCUGAGCCUGUAUGUUAUAUUGCUGCUAGAGUUUGAGUUGAUAGUUUGCACUCAAAAAUGAAUUUCCACAAAAAUAUUUCAUUGCACCGUGAUAGAAUACAUAAGCUAUGUGUUGCGAUUAUAAAUACUGGGGUGGGGAACAGCUGCUUUCAUUACAUUAUUAUAUUCACAGUGCUGUGGUACCAUGAAUUUGGUUUUGCAACUUGAAUAUAUUUUUUAUGUGAUUCAAUAAUGUUCUUGUUUUGUGUGUGUCAGUUAUUUUCUAAACUGUAAUAUCUGGUAGUGUUGUAAAAUGAUUUGCAGUUGAAGAGCAUGCUUGUCUACAUCAGUGUUUCUCAAACUGCGGUACAGGUGACAUUGGUGGUACGCAGACUUCCACUGGUGGGACGUGGGGCCCUCUGCAGUUUGAGUAUUUCUUUUAUUUAGAGACAAAUCUAUUAAUGUUUUUGUCCUCCUUUGCAUUAGUCAUUUAUCUUAUCCAUGGUUUAGUCUAACUUUAGAGUGAGUUUAGUCCCAUUUUAGAAGAUGAUUAGUUAUAAUUUAGGCUUGAUAAGGUCCUGG